UCACUGCGCACCCGAACCAGAAACCAAAGCGGAACCUUCACCCAUUCAAUUUGUUGCCGCAAGCAGGGCCGCACAGUUGCAAUCUACAGCAACCAGGAAUAUAACACAGAUCUUUUGGGUGUUCAGCUAAUAAUUGUACAGAUGGAUACGUUUUCGCGUUGGUCUCACCUGUUUUUGGUGUUUGUAUUGGCUGGUCGCAGCGACCUUUUUGCGGCUGCUAGCGAUGUGCUAGAUCUUGGUGACUCCGAUUUCGAAUACACGGCAGCCGAGCAGGAGACAAUGCUGGUGGAGUUUUUUGCCCCCUGGUGUGGUCACUGUCAGAAACUUGCACCAGAAUAUGAAACUGCAGCAACCAAACUGAAAGGGACUGUCUCUUUGGCUAAAGUGGACUGUACGGUGAACUCAGAAACAUGUGGACGCUAUGGGGUCAAUGGGUACCCCACUCUGAAAAUCUUCCGCAACGGAGAGGACUCUGCUGCCUAUGAUGGCCCCCGGAGUGCAGAUGGUAUUGUGAGCUUCAUGAAGAAACAGGCAGGUCCCAGUUCGGUCCCGUUACACACUGAGGAAGCUCUGAACAACUUUGUGAACAACUUUGAGGCCAGCGUGGUGGGCUUCUUCUCCAGCGGUGACAGCCCUCAGCUGGCAGAGUUCCUGAAGGCGUCCAGCAGCAUGAGAGACAGCUACCGCUUCGGCCACACCACAGACCUCGGCUUGGGCCUCAGCCAUGGCGUGGAGUCAGAGAGUGUGCUGCUCUUCCGACCCCCGCGACUGAGCAGCAAGUUUGAGGAGAGCGUGGCUAAGUUUGGCGAGGAUGUGUCCACCGCUGCCCUUCGACAGUUCAUUAAAGACAAUGUGUUUGGGCUGUGCCCUCACCUGACUCCUGAAAAUAGAGAGAACUUGAGGGGGCUGGACUUGCUUACAGCCUACUUUAACGUGGACUACCACCGCAACAUCAAAGGAACCAACUACUGGAGAAACAGGGUGAUGAAGGUGGCCUCUCAGUUCCAGUCCCGGGGGCUGAGCUAUGCUGUGGCUAACAGGGCAGAGUUUCAGGAUGAGCUGGAGGAGGAGUUCAGCGUGGGGGCGGAUGGGGGAGAGCUGCCCAUCAUCUCCAUCAGGACCACAAACGGCCACAAGUAUAUCAUGCAGGAGGAGUUCACGAGGGAUGGUAAGUCCCUGGAGAAAUUCCUGGAGGACUACUUUGCUGGCAAAUUGAAGAGACACGUUAAGUCGGAAGCAGUCCCAGAAAGCAACAGCGGCCCAGUAAAGGUGGUGGUGGCAGAUAACUUUGAGGAAAUAGUGAAUGAUGUGACCAAAGAUGUGCUGGUGGAGUUUUACGCCCCCUGGUGUGGCCACUGCAAAAGCCUGGAGCCCAAAUACAUUGAGCUGGGGGAGAAGCUCUCAGCAGAUCCAAAUGUUGUCUUAGCCAAGAUGGAUGCCACUGCUAAUGAUGUUCCACUGCCCUAUGACGUCCAGGGGUUCCCGACUAUUUACUUUGCCCCAGCGGGGCUAAAGGACCAACCAAGAAGAUAUGAGGGUGGUCGCGAGGUGAAUGAUUUCAUCAACUUCCUGAAGAAAGAGGCCACACAUCCUCUCGUCCUGGGUACUGCCAAAGAAGACUUGUGAGAAAAGAAGACGGGAUUCAAUCGGAGUUGAAGUGGGUGUGCUGGGAAGGAGGCAAAUGAGACAAAUGAACUACUUUAGAUGAGCCACCCAUUGAACACAAACUGUUACAGACCAGAAGAUUGCCUCUGAUUUUCUGUGCCUUACCAGCAAUAUUGAAUGCUCAAUUUGGCACAUGGCAAACUUUGAAAGUUACACAAUCAAUGUUUUGUCACAAAACUGUAAAAAUAUAAAAUGGAGGAUGCCAAUGUUAGGUAGCCAUUGCUUAGCCGUAGAAUGUGAAAUCUCAAAUAAAAGCAUUACAGGGCUCUUUUGUCAGUACAUGGCAACAUAUAGAAUAAAUAUGCAAACUUCCGUAAGGUGACUUUAAAGAUUGAAAUGGCUAUUUAGGACUAAUAAAGUAAUGAGAUCCACAUAUAGUUUCCUACAUUUGGAAGUUUGUUGAAAUGGGUGAUAACCACUGAUACCAGGCAUCGUUUUUUAAGCUGUCAUCUUUUGCAGUAUAUGGUUUAGUAUGUAGUUGUAAUGCACUUCUCCAUGGUUAUGAGUCUCAAAAGCCACAUUAGAGCACAAUAUGUUUUAGACUUGGUAAAUAAAGCACCCAUUUUGGCUCCUCAUGAAAACCACACUGUUGAAAGUGAUAAUGUAACCAAGGAGUAUGUUCUGUCCAGAUAGUUUAGAGAUUAAUGUUUUAGAUGUUGAAGAUAUCUUGUAACUUGCAUCACGUUUCUUUGCAUUUAUUUGCAACUGAUUUACUACUGAAAGCGUGUUUUGCAGGUGGUAAGAGAAGACGUUUGCAAUGUACGGAUGUUAAUAAAUGCCUACGACAUUUAUA